GGGAUGUUAUCAGGCCCUGCAGCUCUACUCACGAAUUCUCAUCGGGUUUUACUUUAAUAAAUACCAGCGCGUGACAUAUUAAACAGCACCCAGUGAGACUCCAGUAUGUAAUCAUUAGGACUGAUUGGGUCCACUGGGGGAGAACCAGUAAGGAGCCACGAGGAGAACCGGGAGAAAGCGGGCCAGCAACCAGGCCGACCAUGUGGGAGAAAACAUUUCUGCUGCUGCUUCACAGUGUGCAAGCUGUAGUGGCGUCUCAGUGCUGGCAGGGGGCGACCUUCUCUGAGGCCGUGGUGUCCCCGGCGGUGGAGAGCAGCGGGAUCCUGCGGGUGCCCGGCGUGGCGUCUCUGCCGCAGUGCGUGGCGGCUUGCUGCGACCUGCCGGGUUACGACCUGGCCUGGCUGUUCGAGGGCCGCUGCUACAUCCUGAGCUGCCAGCAGAGGGAGAACUGCCAGCCCCGAGAGAGACCCGGGGCCGACUCCUUGCUCGCCUUCCUGCGGAGAGCGUCGCCGCAGACGCUGGUGCUGCAGUCUCUGGUGAGAGGAGAGCCGUACGGCAGACGCUGGAGGCCCCCCUCGAGGUCCUCUGAGGCCCCCGGGGACCUGGAGGCCCUGAAAGACCUCGCUCUGUUUGACGGGCCUCAGCAGGACUUCUCCGACCCCGGCAUGCUGGAUGUGGAGUAUCCAGACUCUAACCCAGAGGAGGAGAGGGAAGGGCCCGGCUCUGAGGCCGAGGUGACGACCGACCAGCCGACCGUGGAGGGAGGAGACAUGUUCAACCAAUCAGAGGCAGAGGACGGUCCAGAGAGGGGGCCGACUGAGAGCGGCGCGGCCCAGAAUAGAGCCUCCUCUGGGGGGAACCUCAGUCAGGGAGACGAGGACGAAACCAAGAGACCGACUGAACCUGCUGCUGCAGAGGAAACUGUGAGUGAUCACGUUAAUCGGACCAAAACUCAAAGCAGCACUGAUUCAACGUUACCGACACUCCUGCAGAAACCAACAACCGACGCCGCCCAACACGACCACGCAGGGACUGCACUUCCCACCCCGGGCACGGCGCCCAAUAAGCCCGUCAGCACGUCCAUUCAGCCGGGUAGACCUAUGAUGUCACAUGGACCCCUGAUAGCGUCCCUGGGAAACCCUGCGGAGAGGACGUUACCCACAGUUCAACCUGAUGCUUCAGUUUCUCCUGAACCCACAACUGACACACUGAAGGUUUUACAGUCAGCAGACGGAGCUCCCCCGAACACCACCCGACCCCUGGACAGAGCUCUGACCUCUGACCCCCCCACCACCUCGCCUCCCAGCACCGACCCUCCGACCACGACCUCGCCCUCUGCUACGACCGCUGCAGAGUCGGGUAAAUUUACGUUGAAAAAGGUCAGGGGGUCAAACCGCGGCCCGGUGGCGGUCGUGGGGCCCGACAGGAAGCUGCUUCUCCCGGUGAGCAGCCUGACGCUAGACGGCAGCGGAAGCACCGACGACCUCGGGAUCGUCACAUACCGCUGGGACGCCGUCAGUGGUCCCCCGGGGUUAAAGCUGGAGGGUGCGGACCGGGCCGUGGCCACGGCGUCGGGUCUCCGGGUCGGACGCUACACCUUCAGACUGACCGUCUCUGACCAGCAGGGGGCGACAGACAGCACUUCACUGAUUGUCAGGGUCCAGGAGGCCCGAAGUCUUCCUCCCGUCACCCACGCCAGCGGCAGCCACACUCUCUCUCUGCCCAACAGCUCUCUGGUCCUCCGAGGAUCCGUGACGGACGGAGACCAGACCGAGGUCCACUACCUGUGGGUCAGAGACAGCCAGAGUCCCGCUGCCGGGGACGUGCUGUACGGCUCAGAGACUCAGGCCUCGCUUUACCUGGCCAACCUGGUGGAGGGAACCUACCUGUUCCAGCUGAGGGUGACGGACGCUCAGGGGCGCUCCAGCACCGCCGCCGCCACCGUGGAGGUCCAACCCGAGCCGGGCGGAGGGGAGGAGGUGGAGCUGGAGAUGCUGGUGUCGGUGUCUCAGGUCAGCGUGGCUCAGAGGGACACGGUGGUCCGACAGCUCGCCGCUCUGCUCCACGUCCUCGACGGGGACAUCCAGAUCCGAGCGCUGCAGGGACACUCGCACCUCAGCACGGUGUUGCGGUUCUCGGUGAGGGGCCCCUCGGGGCCGAUCUCUGGCUCCCGGCUGGUGGGUCUGCUGAGGAACCAGCUGCUCAGAGAGAAGAGCGACUACCUGCUGUUCAGAGUGCUGAGAGUCGACACCGUCUUGUGCCUGCUUCACUGUUCGGGCCGCGGUCAGUGUGAUCCGAUCACCAAGGAGUGUGCAUGCGACCCCUUCUGGACGGAGAACCUGAUUCGGCGUUACCUCGGCGAUGGAGAGAGCAAUUGUGAGUGGAGGGUGCUGUACGUCAUCCUGACCAGCUUCAUGCUCAUGGUCUUCAUCCUGUCUGUCAGCUGGACCUUCAUCUGCUGCUGCAAGAGGAGGAGACAAACCAAAGUGAGGAAGAAAACCAAAUACACCAUCCUGGACAACAUGGACGAGCAGGAGAGGGUGGAGCUCAGACCCAAAUUCAGUAUCAAACACCGCAGCACGGAGCACAACUCCAGCCUGAUGAUGUCAGAGUCGGAGCUGGACAGCGACCAGGACACCAUUUUUAGCCGGGACCGACCCGUCCGCAGCAGGAACCGGAUCAGCGCUCAGGCCGCCCGCAACGGAAACGCCUUCGGCUGACCGGAUGGAGCGCGACUCCCUCGGUGACGCAGACGGGACUCGUCUGGGACGUUUUGCACUCUGACAGCCGCGAGUGGCAGCGAGAGAUUUAACUUCUUAAAGUUUGAAGAUGGACUUCAUUACCCAGAAAUCCUGUUUCUGUGAAGUUAAAAUGAACCAGUGUCCCAUUUCAGGGUCAAACUCCUUCAGCAGGACACGAGGACUUAAGGCCCCGAGGACAAACCUGGGACUCCUCUCACAGGAC